CUUCCGCAAUCCCACCCAGAUCGUCAUCAUUAAGUGCCAGGAAUCUAAUCAGAUACCAGGUACAACGUUACACCAUGAUUGGACCAUGAAUAUUACAAUUAUGGGCAAUAAUUUAGCCUUUUGAAGCAGAUGGACCCCUCAUCUCGACCUCGUUUCCUGGAUUCUUCAUUCAAAAAACAUCUCAUAAUGUUGUUCACAUUUCUCAUACUCGUCGGACUUCUGCGUGAGACAUUGGGGGAGCGGGAUGCUUUAAAUCGAGUGCUGGGAAGGAACGAAAAGAAAGAAUUGCUGGAGGUCUUUCAGGUGGAAGCCCCGCUCAGAAAAAGCUACGAUGGCGCGAGCUGCAAACAAGUAAUCUUGCAACAUGAUUUCACGGCGAGUUACGGCUCACCAUAUGUCGGGCCGUACUCCCCACCUGAUGGAUGCAACUUCACGACGGUGAUUUUCAACAUGUCUAUCACUUCCGCCGGCAUUAAUUACGACCGACUUGGUCUGCUUUACUUUGGGGAUGUCGAAAUUUGGCGUACAACGACAGGCAUGCCGGUCCGAACUGGAAUUUUCUACAACUUCCUAAAAGAUGUCACUGUCUUUGAUGCCCUACUCCGAACCGAGCAGAAAGUAAUUAUGCAGCUGGACAACAUUUACAACGAUGUGUUCACUGGUAACUUCAAUGUCACGGUUACGGCACUGUACUACGAGGAUGACAAGAUCUUCACUCCAGCGGAUACCAUCUUGCCUAUCUCAGCCAACUGGUCAUCAGUAAAUCAAACUUCUGUCAUUUCACUUCCGGAUGGCAAUGCUUCUGUACCACUGACAUUCCCGAGGAAUGUCAAACGAGCCGUAGUAAGCAUUAUUGCCUCUGGGAAUGGAGCUGAGGAGUUUUGGUUCACGAAUGUUCCCACCGAGUACGAGAGAACGUUCAACAACACGGCGAUCUACGGCUACAGUCCAUUUCGCGAAGUCCAGCUGCUCAUCGAUGGUGAGCUGGCAGGAGCUAUCUGGCCGUUUCCCACUAUAUUCACUGGGGGGAUCAGUCCGGGUUUGUGGGUGCCCAUAGUUGGAGUUGAUGCUUACGACUUACCGAACUUCGAAAUCGACGUCAGCCCGUGGUUGGGCUUGCUUUGCAAUGGAAAGUCUCAUACUUUUGAGCUGAAGGUUGUGGGCUAUGAUUCGGUGAGAACUUUGGGAACCGUUGGAUCCAAUUGGUGGGUAUCUGGCUCGGUCUUCCUAUGGAUUGACAGUGUUGGCAACCAGACGACUGGAAGUGUAAGUAGCUAAAUUGUGGCCCGGAAGGAACCAUUUGAGAACUUUAAGACUGCUGUAAACUAAUAUGCUGAAUAGGCAAUUCAAUCGUGGACACCACGACCACGAUUCGAGUUCACGCCUAUCAUAACAUCAUCUACUGGCAUCAAUUCCACUCUUUGGGUGGAACUGACCGCCGACCGAAGCAUCUCGCAUACUUCUACGAUCACCACUUCUGCUGGAUCACGACAACUCACUUGGUCUCAAAACUUGAGAUAUAUCAACAUCCAGAACUUCACAGCCAAAGGAUAUAACGAAACACUUUAUCAGCUUACCAGCGGAACCUCGACUUUUUCAGGUUCGGAUGAUGCAGCAACAGCAAUCAUAAACUCGUUCUCAUAUCCGUUAUCAUUUGCACAAGACUAUGUUAUUCCAGUCGACCCCACAGUUGUCAACUCAACUCUAGUCGCAGGGCUCGACCGGUCUAAAGUCUCAUCCACAAUUCCCAUAUCGUCAUAUCUUACUUCUCCCAAGACAUUUGAAGUGCCAUCACUCCUAGCAACGAGGCAGAACGGAAGCUGUAUAUAUUUCUGGAACAAUACAUAUUACCAAUUUGCUGGAGGGAUCGAUCCCGCGAAAGGGACAAUUGGCGCAACAGAGCAGUGGUUCUCGUUCCUUGGACCGCUUACCAGUGGAGAAAUAGAUGCAUAUGGAAGGCACGUGGAGGCUGUGGAUGGGUACGAGCCUGUUCUAGUAUUGGAUGAGACUUUCGAGAAAGAGAUUUCGGUGCCGGAGACAGUCAAUUUGGUGGAUGCAAAGGAUGACUUGUGAUUGUUAUGAAACUGGUUUUGCUCUAGCUUCUGUCGAGCAAAGCUGGAGGCUACUUGAAUGGAAGGAGUGCUUAUAAAGAAUAUUCAAAAGUCUUGUUGCUUCAUUCUGCAUCUAGCUCCUCCACCGAAGGGAUAAUUUGUCACCAAAUACGACUCUUCUGUGGUCUCGCUGUCUGUUCUUUGUAAUCUCUAUUGAGUGUGAUUUUAUUCUCUUGUGGUAUUCCUCGCCUCCGUGCUUCACUUGCCACAAGACAUGGUUUUCGGUGCUCAAGGUUUGUUCACUCUCUCGAGUUUUGUCAUGCAGUUGCUUAUGACCAUGGGCGGGCAACGC